AUGGCGCUGGAGAGACGGUACCGCGGUGCGGCGCGGAGACGACCCCCUCCCCGUCCGUCGGGGCCCGGUGGCGGGCGGCCGCGCGGGGGGCGGGGCAGGGCAGGCCCGAGCCCGGCGGAGGCGGGACCCGCCCGCCCCGCCCCGGAGCCGCCGCUGCCCGGCCCCGCUUCCGUCCGGGACUGCGCCGGCGGCCGCGCAGGUUGGUGCCGGCGGGCGGGCGGGCGGCGACUCGGGCCGGGCCGGGCCGGAGCGGGCCGAGGCCGCGCGGGGCGGGACGGGUGGGGCGGGGCGGCGGCGCCGGACACCGGCCAGACCCUCCCCGGCGGCGGGGUCGCCCGGCCGGGGCCACCAGGACUCGGCACGGAGCGUGCCCGCAGCCCGCCGCGCGCCCCCAGACUCUCCCCGCGCCACCCCGCCCGGCGCCCACACACCCCCAGAUCGCGCCCCCAGACCCUCCCCGCGCCUCCACAGUCUCAGAUCGCGCUCCGGACCCUCCCCGCGCCCCCACAGCCCCAGAUCGCUCCCCCGGCCCCGGCUCCGCCCCCCCUCAUCCCCAGAUCGCGACCCCGGACCUUCCACGCGCCCCCACCCCUCCAGAUCGCGCCCUCAGAUCCUCCCCGCGCCCCCACACCCCGAGAUCGCGCCUCCAGACCCUGCCCGACGCCCACACACCCUCAGAUCGCGCCCCACAUCCCCAGAUCGCGCCCCCAGACCCUGCCCGGCGCCACUACCCCCCCCUUGAUCGCGCGCCCGCAGAACCGUCCCGGCCCCCGCAGCGCUUCCCGCGCCCGCAGCACCCGUCCCGGGCUCCGUCCUUCCUGGGCCGGCCCCGUCCCCAACUCGGAGAACUCGGGGUCGCGGCAGGAAACUCGCCCCCGGCGCCGGGCUCCUGCGGAGACUGGCGGGCGCGGGGGGCGCGGGGGGCACGGGGGCGCGGGGUCCCCGAGCUGUCUCGGCCGGACAGAGGCCGCAGUCGCGGAGGGCGGGGCGAGCACCCACACUCGGGGUGGCGAAUCGCGACCUGGGUCCUCCGGUCCCUGA